AUGGGUGAGGAUAAUACAGACACCCUCGAAAUUGUGGCAGAAGUGACCGGGGUGCAUGAACCUCUCCUGCCAAACACAGACACUGUAAACACCCCAUGCAAGGACUCUCUGACCUCUGAUUUUACAGCGUGCAAAUCAGAACAAAGAGGGAUUACAUUUGGGUGUGGCUCCAACGACUUGUCUGACUGCCCUGCUGCCAAUCUGGUUACUGUCAAAGAGGAGAUCGAGGAAGUUUUCAUCGGGGAAUUAGAAGGGUACAGCGAAGAUAGUUCAGAUGCACCGGUAGCCCUCGAUGAGAUAAAUACAGAAGACGAGGAGGCAGCAGGGGACGAUCCCAUCCUCACUGGCCUACUCCUUAUUGACGAUCAGGGUAUUCCUUACACGCUAACACCUGAUGAACCUAGUGACUUGCCUCGACUUCUUACUACUUCUACUUCAACAGAAUCCUCAGCUGUCUCAAAAACCGACCUCCCUUCAGGUACUAAUUCCAGUACUGCAGCCGGUCCUCGCAGCCAGCCUUCUCCCUCUACAACUGCCCAGCCUGUUAGAAUUUUGGCAAAUUCCAGCACUAACGCUCCCAUCCUCCUCCUCCCUUCUGCCCACCCCUCCAUUUCUACAUCUAAGACCAUCUCAAAUUCGGGUCUACUGGCACUUUCUCUCCCCCUUUCCAUUGCCCAGAAGUCUCCAUCUACCCCUGUGUUAAUUGUCCUGUCCCCUCUCACUACUGCCUCAGUUCCGUCUUCAUCCUCGGCCUCGGCCUCUCCGCUUGCUGUUAAUGACCCUGUUACCUCUUCCUUGCCCAUCUCCCAGACCCCUUCUCCAUCUUCAGUCUCUCUUCCUCUGUCUUCUGUUCAGACAAACCCAAAUUCUUUACCCUCCACUCCUUCUCUCCCUGUGCUGAACCUUGACUCCAAUACACUCUCUACCUCUUUUGGAAACAGUAACUGCUCUGCCCAUACCUCUCCUGCUGUUUCUUGUGCUACCUCCAGCAACCAACCCAACCCGGACCAUUCCUCUGAAAUAAUAUUCCCAAAAUGUUCACCACGCCAGAGACUCCCGCAACCAGAAAUCCCCAGCGAUACCAAAUCAUCUUCCGUUGCUGACACCAAAAUUAAGCCCAGCAACUCACCUCUCCCUUCUUCCUUAUCUCCUGACGAGACGCCCCAGCAACCCUCCCCUCCGACCACCCCUAAUCCACCAGUGCACCCUGGUCUAAAAGUAGCUCCCUCUGAAGUCUCUCAACCCGUUUCCACCUCUGACACCUCAAAAGGACAGUUUUCCACUCACGACCCAUGUUACACCUCCUCCGGCACUCCGCCUCCCACGGUAAUCUUCCCCACCAACCACCCGAAAAACCUCUCUCUGUCCCCCACGUGCCCCCGCCGCAUCCUCUACUGCCAGUUUUGCCCGCGGGCCUUCUACUACCUCUCCGACCUUGAGCGCCACUCCAUCACCCACUCCCAGAGCAAGCCGCACGUAUGCCCGCUAUGCAGCAAGGCCUUCAAGCGCUCCAGCCACCUGGAGCGGCACAAGCACAUCCACACGGGCCAGAGGAACUUCGUCUGUCCCAUCUGCUCCAAGAGGUUCCGUGAGGCGGGCGAGCUCCUCAGGCACCAGCGGGUCCACACGGGCGAGAAGCCCUUCCAGUGCCCGCAGUGCCACAUGCGGUUCGCCGAGCGGAACACCCUGCGCCGGCAUGCCAAACGGAAACACCAAGACCAGCACGGGCUGGACGGGCAGGGAGAUGGCCGUCACGUCCCGGGCGGCAUACAGGGGGAGCAAGAGGACAGUGCGGAAUGGUACAGCAGUACUGUGCCCGAACUGGACUCUGAAAAUGAAAUGGACAAAGAUUAGGACAUGGUGUCUCAUGGUACUACAUCCCUCAUCUCUACCCUUGGCUAUAUUAAUUUUUUUUUUGUUUUCCCAUGGAGUAAUAGUUUGAAAGGACAUUCCCUGAAUGCAGAUUUGCACUUCAGUCAAUGUUGUUCUCUAAGCUCAGCACUGCGAUUGAUGAAUUACA